AUUGUUUACCGAAGGGAGGGCUCUGCACACCUCUAGUGAAUUCGUGUACAGGGAGAAAAGCAGCUUUAUGUUAGACAGUGAAAGCAUUCAUAGCCAAAUAUCUUGUCUGAAAAAGAGUAUUGUCAUGGCUCCCACUUUGUUUGAUAAGAAGCCAGAACCUGGGGAUUUGAUUGAGAUUUUUCGGGGCACCUAUCAGCACUGGGCAGUGUACGUUGGAGAUGGUUUCAUCAUCCACCUUGUCCCCCCAACUGAGACAGCACAAGCCGGUUCCUUCAGCAUGAUGUCAGUCAUGUGUGACACGGCCAUGGUGACAAAGGACGAGCUGUGGGCGGUGGUGGGGAAUGAUAAGUACCGUAUCAACAAUCUGCUUGAUGACAAAUACAGACCCAGGAGCCCUAGUGCCAUAGUGAGGGAGGCCAAGAGCCUGGUGGGACAUGAGCUGCCAUACAGUGUCUUUCAAUGGAACUGUGAGCAUUUUGUCACAGAACUGAGAUAUGGGAAAGCUGAGUCACGACAGGUGCGCCAGGCUGCGGAGGUAGGAGUAGGAGCAGGAGUGGCUGCUAUGAUUGGCGUGGGAGUCCUUGCUGUUGCUGCUGCCUACUUUGCAGGCGGGAGCAAAGAAAAGAAGAACAAGCAAUAAGCUGAGGGAGCUCACAGAAAUGCACAACCAACAAGCCUUAAUUGAAUCCUGCUCGUGUUGCCAUACGCUGAUCUUUUCCACAGCUCCAGGAAUGUCCACACAUGUAACUUCAGAUAUCCUAUUUUACAAAAUAAGUGACAGGCAGCUAAAACAAGGAAAUAAAUAGUUUGCAAAGACUGACAGUGAGUGGCUAUCAUGGUUGCUCACAUAACUUACCUCUGCUCCUGUGAUUCAGUCUGUCGGUAUAGAAUCCUGUUGAUAAAACCUCAAUAAAAAAAUAAAGAUUUUCAUGCAGUAUUUGCUAUUAGUUUUUACAAAUAUGGAAUAUAAUUAGCUCAGUAGUGGAUAGAAAACAUAAUGUGCAACUCAAUAAAAGCAGGUUGAAAUUUCA